AUGACUUUCGAGAUAGAGAGACAUAUUACCGCCUUAAGAUACAGAAACCCUAUGAGAACGGAAGAUUUCUUGAACCCUGUUGAAGAACGUGAAAUAGAACUUGUGGAUGAGGAAACAAUAAUUCAAUUACUCCAAGAAGGCGGAUGA